AUGAGAACGAGCGGAUCGGAAUUAAAUCAAACUGCUGCUGAAUUAUCCAAAUCAACGACAUCAUCAGAUAUUCGUCAGCCACGACAACGUAUGGCACUAAACUAUCUUCUCCUAUGGAUAGAUAUCAGUAUCGAUCAAACAAACGACGAUUUUGAAAAUACAGUAAAACAAAUACAAGCUGUUACUGGUGAUGUCAAUGUCUUUAGACAGCGAGAAGCAUGCAUCGACUUUCUUACAGAUGCUCAAGAAGACAUCAAGUGUUUUCUCGUCGUCAAGGAUGCUACGUCUCAACAGUUAAUGCCUCUCAUCAGUGAUAUUCCUCAGCUGGUUGGUAUUUAUAUCUUCAAUGAUAUUAAAACCCCACAUGAAGAAUGGACAAAAGAAUGGCAAAAAAUCAAGGGCGUUCAUACCACCGUUGAUGAUAUUUGCCAGAGGUUACAAAUGGAAGUUAAGCAAUAUAACCAAGACUCAAUUGCUGUGAGUUUUGUUUCAGUAAAUGAAAUAGCUUCAACUGAUAAUUUAAAUCAGUUGGAGCCAACAUUUAUGUACACUCAGCUAUUCAAGAAAAUUCUUCUUGAUAUGGAACAUGAUGAACAAGCGAUCAAACAGUUUAUUGCUUAUUGUCGAAAUAAUAACAGGUUAUCACCAAACAAUAUUAACAGCUUGUCACCAAAAAAUACUGACCGUUUUGAAAAAGAAUACCAUGCUCAAUCCGCUAUUUGGUGGUAUACUUACCCAUCUAAUAUCUAUUAUAUGCUCAACGAUGCUCUUCGAACACUGGAUGCCGAUAUAAUCAUUAACAUGGGCUUCUUUCUACGUGAUGUGCAUAUACAAAUUCGACAGCUUUAUGAAAAACAGAUCAGCAAUUAUGAUGGAAAGUCUUUUAAAGUAUAUCGAGGGCAAGGUCUUACGAAAUCAGACUUCGAAAAACUUCAGCAAACAAAAGGUGGAUUAAUGUCAUUUAACAAUUUUUUAUCUACUAGUACAAAUAAAGUAGUGUCCCUCGAAUUUGCUGAAUGUGCUCUAACAAAAGCGGACACGGUGGGCAUUCUCUUUAUAAUGUCCAUUGAUCCUUGUAUUAAAUCAACACCAUUUGCCUACAUAAAAGAGAUGAGUGCAACUAAGAGCGAAGAAGAAAUUCUCUUUUCCAUGCACACCGUCUUCCGAGUCGGUGCAAUUGAACAGCCGGACAGCGACAAAGAACUUUACGAAGUUGAACUUCAAUUAACGUCGGAUGAUGAUCAACAACUACGAGUACUUACUGAUCGAAUGCAAGAAGAGGCUGACGGUGAUACAGGUUGGCAAAGAUUGGGUGACUUAUUGCUUAAAAUUGGCCAAUUUAAUAAAGCUGAGGAACUUUAUAACGUACUACUCGAAAAAACAUCUGAUGAGGGUGAAAAAGCUAUUUAUUAUCAUCAACUGGGAUCUGUGCAUUCAAGUCAAGGUGAUUAUGAAAAGGCUAUUUGCUAUUACGAACAAGGACUUGAAAUUCAACAAAAAACUCUUCCUUCAGAUCAUCAUGAUUUGGCUAUUUCAAACAACAGUAUCGGUUUGGUGUAUUAUGACAUGGGAAAGUAUUCGGAAGCACUUUCUUAUUAUGAAAAAGCACGUGAAAUUCGACAAAAAACUCUUCCUUCAGAUCUACUUGAUUUGGCUACUUUGUACAACAACAUCGGUUGCGCGUAUAACAACAUUGGAGAGUACUCGAAAGCACUUCCAUACCACAGAAAAGCACUUAAAAUUCGAGAAAAAUUUCUUCCUGCAAAUCAUCCUAAAUUGGCUAUUUCACACAACAACAUCGGAUUGGUGUACGCGAACAUGGGAGAAUAUUCGAAAGCACUUUCAUCUCACGAAAAAGCACUUGAAAUUUAUCAAAAAACUCUUCCUUCAAAUCAUCCGUCAUUGGCUACUUCAUACAACAACAUCGGUUUGAUGUUUAACAACAUGGGAGAUUACUCGAAAGCACUUUCAUCUCACGAAAAAGCACUCGAAAUUCGAGAAAAAUCUCUUUCUUCAAAUCAUCCGCAUUUGGCUUGUUCAUACAACAACAUUGGUAGCGUGUAUGACAACAUUGGGGAGUAUUCGAAAGCACUUUCAUACUACGAAAAAGCAUUCGAAAUUCAAGAAAAAUCUCUUUCUUCAGAUCAUCCUGAUUUAGCUGUUUCAUACGGCAACAUCGGUUUGGUGUAUUCCAUGAUGGAAAAGUAUUCGGAAGCACUUUCAUUUCACGAAAAAGCGCUUGAAAUUCAACAAAAAGCUCUUCCUUCAAAUCAUCCUGAUUUGGCUACUUCAUACAGCAACAUCGGCUUGGUGUAUAACAACAUGGGAGAGCACUCGAAAGCACUUUCAUUUCAUGAAAAAGCAUUUGAAAUUCGCCAAAAAACUCUUCCUUCAAAUCAUCCUGAUUUAGCUACUUCGUACAACAACAUCGGUACCGUGUAUUACAACAUGGAAGAGCACUCGAAAGCGCUUUCAUUUUUGGAAAAAGCACUUGAAAUUACACAAAAAGCUCUUCCUUCAAAUCAUCCUGAUUUGGCUUGUUCAUACAACAAUAUCGCUCGUUUAUGUUACAAUAUGACAGACUAUUCGAAUGCAUUUUCAUAUUAUGACCGUGCUCUGCGCAUAUUAAAACGUACAUUGCCUCCAACUCAUCCUCAUAUCAGAAGUGUGCAAGGGAGUAUUGACGUUGUAAAAACGAAAUUAUAA